GCAGAUACACUUGUUCUUAAUAGCAGAACGAACCAUUGCAACGCCCGUCAAAUCCCCAUCCGCCAUCUCAAUAACGCCGCACCCAUUCACUAACGCCCCUUUCAAGAGUCCAACGACCGACUCACAGUAACUCGCAAGACCACCACAACCUACACCUCCUUGCAUCCAUUGCAAAAAGCGCUGAGGAAUACAUGUUCUUCGACCCUUCUUCAGAACACAAUGGCGUUCACAGAACCAAAGCGCACGUCGCCUCCCGUAUUGAACAGCAUCUCUGUGCAUCUGUUUGCAAAUCAAACCGACUUUAUAAGACGCACGGGCAUGCCGGCCAAAGGCACCAGCCUUACCAUCAAGUCUAUUUGCACCCUCACCCAAGUUCAUCUAUGAAUGAAAUCAGACUGGUGCUGCCGAUAGAAAGGAUGUGCGAACAAAUCAUCAAAUACGACUGCGGCCACAUGUGUCGUCGCAUGAUCCCCAGCAUCCAACGAGAGCCCAAGCACCACCAUUCACUCACUUGCUUCUCUGCCCUCUCCCUCCAUUCCUACGGACCAGAGCGCCAUGAGACACCAAAGUUCGAGCGGCGCGCUACUCUCUGCCCAAAGUGCGAAGCAAAGGGUGAAGACGGCGAAGUAUAUGUCAACGGUACCAGGCGGGCAAGCGCUCCCCAGGUCGGGACAAGGCAGGAAUCCAAGUUGGUGCGGCAGGGCGAGAAGACCACGGCCACCAAGGUGAGUGCCGGCAUCGGCCGUUCAGUAUCAAAUCCUGUGAGACCUCCUCUUCCCCGUCUGAGGCGAGUUCGAGAUACGGGCAACAGCUCACUGCGCAACGAGUAUCAUCGUCUCGAGCCACUUCUUGACCCACGUCCUGCGCCACGCCCCGAACCACGAACUGCAUCACGUCCUGAAUCUCACCCUGGGCCACAUCCUGCAUCUCGUCUCGAAACACUCCGAAAUCCUGGUUUUGAGGCUCGCCGCGGUCGAAAACACCGCCCAGAGGACAUAGUCACCCAAGAUGUCGACUUGGACUGGUUUGCGGCCUCCAUGGUUCCGCUAUGUGAGAGGUCUCCAACAAGCCCUACCAGCUUCACAGGUCUGCUGGAGUACAAUCAGCGCAACCACAAUAUGUCGACCCUAUCGCUUGGUAGGCUCAGCCGAUCAACUUCGGUACUGAAGAUGCUCCAAAAGGGUCUCCAAAGACAGCCCUCGAUGGAAUCAUUUGUCUGCGCAUCAGCAAAAGAGGUGGAAAGAGGCGAAGAAUGAGAAUUGAGUUUUG